AAAAAAAAUAACAUCAGAUCAAGCUAAAAAAGGGCGUAUCUUGUAAACUCAAGUAAACAAAGCUUCUGGGUACAGGUGUCAGCUCUUUGACAAAAUACUUUUUGAGCUGACAAAAUAGAUACUAGCUAGACUAGACUGUGAUUGAGCUGAAGUAACUCUGCGGAUCAGGGCUAUACACUUAUCUUGCAGCUACUAGAGUCCCUGGCCGCCCCAGGCCAGGGCAGGUCAGGAAGGUCAGGACAAUGGCAGCAAGUCAUGAUCUGGGUAGUCAACUCUAUAAGGCUUCUCGUGGUGGUCGUGUGGACGAGGUGGAGAGGCUGCUGGCUAGAAGAGCUCCUGUCAACUGGACGGACAGUUUUGGAUGGACCGCUCUCCAUUGGGCAUGCGUCAACAACCACCCUGAUGUAGUGAAGAUACUCACACAGCAAGAUGGCAUCGAUGUCAAUGUACGGAAUACUGUUAAGUACACUCCCCUGCACUAUGCCUGCUACUGGGGAUACCUGAAGUGUAUCCAGUUACUGAUGGCAACUGGACAGUGUGACCUAGGAGCUGUGAACAAUGUUGGACUAACUCCACUGGGAGAGGCAGUCAGAGAGGGACACCUGGACACUAUCAAGUACCUCAUCACAGAGUGCAAUGUGAAUAUCAAUGGUAAGUUAGUACAUGCAAUACAAUAUUCAUGUGAAUGAAGUACAGUUCAUGAUCAGGGGAAGUUGAUAAUGGAGGGUUAGGGUACCUAGAUACGUUGUCAAGGUUACACAAGUCAUACUGUCCCUUCCAUGUUACAUUUUACCCUAACCCUAAUUACUUUUGGCCUUCAAUCUUUGCAUGCUAGGACACUAUGACUGAGCAAGUAGUUAAUGGUCAGAUAAUUGCUUAGAAAUUGACCGAUGGACCGACUGUUAUUUAUACCUCUGUAACAAUACUUGUGGCUUGCUCUUCAUACCGUACCGUAUAGCUUAUGCACUGUCAUGGUGUGUUGUGUGCAUGGCUUAUAUAAUUAUAGUGGGUAUAGUUUGAGGGUAUAUGAAAUUUCGCGAAAUGACCGUUAUAAUAGUUUUCGCUCAUUUAAGUUUCGCGGAAUAGCUUGAACUUGCACGAGCUCCACACGCGACCUUUAUUUGAGGUAGAUAUACAUGCAGCUAAAGUG